AUGGCAUCAUCAUCAAGGAAGCAGUUGAGCCGCUUCAAAGGGAGGAAGAGAUUCCAGUUGGAGGAUGGAGAACAAACUUUUCAUCCACUUCAAUCUAAGUCUACUAACAUCCCUGAGGCUCACGCUCCUAUUUCUUCAAUUGAACCGCCCUUGAAAAAACGACGCCGAACAACAACACACAAGAAAGAUUCCCCGAAGGGCUCACUUUUCAAGAAUGAAAAUGUCAGUAUUCGUUUGGUUGACAGCCACGAUGUUGGGAAUAACAACAAGAACCGAGCAUGUAGCGAAGAAGCGCCACUAUUACUUUCGUCUCAUCGGCGGCUAAAUAACAAAAUUAGCAAUGUUGAAAAUCUUGGUGAAGCAAUGGAAGACAGGUCGGUUCAGCUAGACGACUUUGACCAGCCGCCCGAUUCCACUUCGACGCCGUUACUCGCAAGCCCCAGUCUCCAUGUUGGGAGCUUUGACUCUGCGCAGCUGGUGGAUCCAAUAAGACCUUCCCCUGUUGUGUAUAAUCCGCAAGGAUACCCCGUUCAGUCACCACCCUACGCAUAUCCAAUGGCACCAAACGUUCCUAGCGUGUAUAUUCGAGGUUACGAGUCGCCACUCAAGGGCCGAGGCGCACUUUUUCCAUAUUUUUCGCCGAUGUUCAUGAGUCCUGUGCAUAUGGACGCCUACGGAUGGCCAGUUCUCCCUCACGCGUAUGCCCAACCUGGCGGACUUCCACAGCAGUACCCAAGAUCACAAAAGUCCUCCCACGACAGCUCUGCAAGUUACAAAUCCAGUGGUGGUGAAGCCACGUACCGCUCGAGCAGCGACGGUAACUAG